GCGGCGAGUCCGAGCGGGCGGGGAGAGGGGACGGGUCCUCCCGGGAGCGCUGCGCUGCUUCCCGCCCCACCUCGGCGCGCCCGGGCGCCGCUCGGCGUGGGAGGGGGGUGUGCCUUGGCCCACGGUGGAGAUUAAGCUGGAAACGCGAAGAUUGUCUUUUUUCGUAAUGAGGGCAUCGGGUUACUUUUAUUAUUUACUUAGGAAAGCACGUGUUCUCCAGACUGUCUUUGCAUUUUCCCUAUCGCAAUAAAUGAUGCGUGGCGGAGACUGUUGGAAGUGUUUUAAAAACUGGAUGUGCCCAGGAUGCUGUAAUAGUGUCAGUUUAAGCGGCAUUGGGGUGUUGAAACAUUUUUGUGUUGGAAGAAGUUGAAAAAUUCUGGCAUGAGACAGGUAAUGAAUUUAUGUAGGAUUUCAGCAUCAGUAUUGAAGUAAUCAGAUUUCAGGGGUUGGCGCAGCCUUGCAAAUAAGUGGCCACUUAUCCACGUGCUUGAGGUCUUAACUACUCAUUCUGAGCUAGUUCUCCAGGAUCAGCUGACUGCUGAUUAUAAUUCAUAGUAGACCCAUGUGGAGCUUGUGUUAAUUGAUAAGCAGAGAUUAGAGCUAACAUUUAACGCUGUACUCCUUAGCAAGUUUUCUCUGCUGCUUUGUGGAUUCUGUUACAAUUAAACUCACCUGUGUCUGGAUGACGACCAUUACUUUGUGCUUAACAUAGAAGCGUUAUUUUUAGUAGUAACACAUACUAGCUUAUAUAUAUAUGUACCCACAUAUAUAAUUUUAUUUUUAUUUUAUUUUUAAAAAUUUCAUUUAUUUAUUUAUUGGGGGGCAGGUAAUUAGGUUUAUUAUUUACUUUUAGUGGAGGUACUGGGGAUUGAACCCAGGACGCUCUUACAUGCUAAGCACAGGACUCUUCCACUGAGCCAUACCUUCCCCCUAACAUAUAUAAUUUUAUAACUAUUUACUUUGACUUCAGGUUGGAAAAUUAGGAACAAAAAGAAUGGAUAGUGUUGAGUACUAAUUGUUUGCCAGGCCUAUGCCAAAUAGUCUGCGUGCUUUGUCUCAUUUAAUCUUCCGAAUUACUUUUUGCAUGAACAUAGGUUGCACAGAAUGCACAGGAGUUUGAUUUGAACGUGUCCAAAAGUGGAAUGUGUACAUUCAUUCCUUUGUUUCUGGUUUUGUAAAAUACGGGUGUUAGCAAUAUGAAGUGACUCAUAGAGUAAAUUAAUAGGUUUUUUCCAAGUUAGAAGAUGGGUUUCCAAUUGCAUAGAACUGCAGUGAGUCCCUUUAUUUGGCUAGUCAAUAGUUUGCAAAGUCCUUUGUCUCUUCUUUAUCCAAGUUCCCAUGACACAUCAUCGUUACCCAAAGAACAGGCUACGUUUGGAUAUUGGAAAAAGGUAAAUAUUGGGAAAGACUUAAUGCCCCUUCUGAAAGUCCCCCUGUUUCCAUAUUAAGUUUCUAAGGGACGUUUCUAAUUAAGGGUUAACAGAUGACAAUAAAACAGAAAGAGUACUUUUCCAGUACCAAACCAAGGAAGUAAAAAACUGGGGGUUGGCUGUUACUUUGUUGAUGAGUCUAACAUUCAUGGGUUUAAGAACGUUAAGCAUGUUAGGUAAACUACAUUGUGCGAGUUCUACGUAAUUUUUCAGUUUGCCUUUCAACGUCUUAAACAUAGUUAAGUCCAGUACUUUGUGCAUUAAGAAGUUACGUUUUGGCUGGAUUUAACUGAGUGGUUUUGACUUCCUUCAUCAAGAAGUGUAUUUUGACUGUGUGUCCAGAGAUACGCUUUAAUGAUUUACGGAGGCAUAGCAAUGAUGAGAAUGGUGGUGGGGUCUAACAGUUGGCAUCUUGUCAGAGUAAAAGUAGAUGAAAGGCCGUAGAGGAUGAGGGAAGCCCUUGGAAAUGUGUCUUGUUUGUAAUUGGAGCAUAUUGGGCUCAGUGUGUCUUUGGAUUCUAGUGGUCCGUCCCUGGAGAGGGAAUGACUGGGAAUGCUCUGCCAGGCAGUGUUCAAAAAAGGGUUCCUUUACCUAAAGGCACUCUCUCUGGGGAAGGGAUGGGUGGAGAGUUGUCACCAACGGAAGGAUGUGAGAAGAAAAAGAUCAUGUGUUUCUUUUGGAGUUAAUACAUCCUCCCAUCGUGGUACCACAUGGCAUCUUCGGGCCCUUUCCUGGCAGGUAUUUGAUGUUCGUGGGAAAAGGGCCGGAGGAGACAGAAUGGGGCUUUAAUUGUGACUUUCGUGUGGGCGGCAUCCAUCAGCUGGGAAAACCAUCCCAAUAAUACUGACUGUGUGUCUGUCGGUCUCUCAUGUUAUUCGUGUCCAGAAAUUUGGAGGCUAUCCCUCUGGUGUGCUUUACGGACAGUGGUACAUGUUUAGAAUACAGUACACGAAAAGUUGUGAAUUUCUCACGACAGCCAUUGUUGGAUGUUCACCAUUGUCGGAAGCGGGGGUGACCGCAAUGCCGGCGUCAGCUCCUGUGUGUAAGUCCUUUAGGCGAAGAUGCGUGUCCUUGGAUGGGAAGACCAGCCCUUCUUCCUUCCUUCGGAACUCAGCCCUCACAUGACAUGCCCUGUCAGCUCCCAGGGUGUGGGGACCUUGUCUGUGUCCCUCAUGGCCCCAGAGCCUAGGACAGGACCUGGCAUCUGGAAGGUGUGCAAUAAACACCUGAGAAAUGAGCAGAGAUGCAUUGGAAUCCUCGUCUGUCUUCUGGCCUCGGAUGGAGAGCCCCCUGGCCUUUAGGGACGGGGCCACUGCAGCCUCGCCCUCCGGAGUCUGCCGCUCACACCGAGCCCCUGAAUGUUAGCCGUUUAUACCCCAUACUUUGGCAUUUCAUCUUUUCUGGCUUUAUAUUGUUGCAUGAGCGUUCCCUGGGUUUUGUUUCCCCACCCAAAAUACAGGCUUCUUGAGGGCAGAGAAGACACAGUGCUAUGUCUGAGAACUUCCUUGUUCACCCAGGAUAACAGUAUGUACAGAGUUGGUUUCUUUUUACCUAUUAAGUGAACACUAGAUGGGGAAACAUCAGAAAUAUUCAAAACGUGGUCCCAGUCCUUGAGUAGGUAGUAUUUUAGUUGAGCAAACGUUGUGUACUCACGUGGAACAGUAUGAAACGUUGGUGCUAAAUGAAGGAAAUAAUAAUAGAUCACGUUUUAUGUAGGACUUAAAAUGUGCCUGACACUGCCCCCGGUCCUUCUACGAGUUACUUUAGAAUAUAGGUACAGUUCUAAUCCCAUUUUUCAAAUGAGGAAACUGAGGCCCAGCAAGGAAUUUAAGUUACUUGCCCAAGAUCACGAUACGAGUCGUAAGCAGGGAGACAGGCUGUGAGCCCGGGCAGCCUGGGUCCUGAGUCACUGUGGGCCCUCUAGGGAGAUUUACUUUAUCAAAGACAGACGAGAGGUCUAAAAGCUGACACUGUUUUCUCAAAUUUCCAAGUAGCACACACAAUUGCAGUGGCUCUGGGCUGCAGUAAAAGGGCUGGAUUUUCCAGGUGGAAGAGGUUGAUAAUGAAAUGGUUGCGGGGACACUGUAUUUUGAAAUGACUAAAGGCAAGACGAGAGAAGCUGAAUUUUGAACCUCAAAGCUAAGUGAGGGAUAUGACUCUUCCUAGGAAUGGAGUUCUAGGACAGUGACUCACCGGGACAUAGGGCAGUGAUUUUAAGUUACUAAUUCAGUGUCAAAUAACUCAUGCGAAAUAAAGCAAUACUGAAUGACACUUGUUACGACUUUAAAAACACUUUUAAACCCCGAGUGGACAUAGUUUCCCAGCGAAGGGGAGUGUGACUGAAGGUUUCCUGUGCACGUCUGUCCAUUUGCUUUGUCCAUCUGUGAAAUCUUGACCCACGUUUUCAGCUUGUCUUGGACAAUAGAGAACACACUUGGGGCUCAGAGGCCUCUUCAAACCAAGUGAUGUUCUUUGGUGGGGGGAAAAAAAAACCCCAAACCAUAAAAUCACGCUGUUGAUCUGGUGACAGACCUAGAACGAAGUCAUUUUGAAGCCGUGUGGAAUUGGAUGAGGGCCUACAGACAAAAUCCAGCAAGAGGAAGAGAAGCAAUAUUCUCUGAAGGCCCAGUCUUGUAUCCCUCUUGUCGGGAGCUGACAGUUAUUCUGGGGGUGUCGGGCAUCAGCAGAGUCCACUGAAUCCAAAUGACUCAGCAGAGAGGGGAGUCCGCACGUCACCACACCCACUGCCCCGAAAUCAGAGGAUGAAGUACCUUGAAUGAAUCAUGGGCCGCAACCCUGGUCUGAUGCCGGGGGGACACCCGCUCUGCAGGCAUCUUACCGUGGAAACAACACAGUUUCACUUCCAUGCCAUCUUUGAGGAUGGGAGAAUCCUAGUUUCAACGUGUCCUCAGUAGAGACCAAAGAACCAGCUUGUCCCCUGCUGGGCGAGUGACCUCAUGCUAGAACCCCGGGAUUUGCUUCCAGACACACGCACGAUGUGCUCACGACGUGAAUGUAAACACUCAGGAGGAGACCUCACAGCUUUCCCAGAUCGGGAGGAAAAAUAUGGAAUGUGUUUUACCGCUGACUGAACACAACCCAAUGAACUGUCCUGACAGUAGUUGGAAAACCAGCAGUUAGCAGUUCGUGCGGAUCCAACACUGUCCAGCACUUUCCAGAGCAAACUCACUGUUUACAAGAACUCUCGGCCUUUACGACGUUCAGAACCUCAAGCUUUGUUUAUUUAAAAUUUUUCCCGCAAGAGACAAGUACCCAGAACCCACUGUUCAAAAUGGCCAUGGAUGAGUAUUUGUGGAUGGUCAUUUUGGGUUUUAUCAUUGCUUUUAUCUUGGCAUUUUCUGUUGGUGCAAACGAUGUUGCCAAUUCAUUUGGUACCGCUGUGGGCUCGGGCGUGGUGACCUUGAGGCAGGCCUGCAUCCUGGCUUCAAUAUUUGAAACCACUGGCUCAGUGUUACUGGGGGCCAAAGUCGGAGAGACCAUCCGGAAAGGCAUCAUUGACGUGAACUUGUACAAUGAUACCGUGGAAACACUGAUGGCCGGGGAGGUCAGCGCCAUGGUCGGCUCCGCCGUCUGGCAGCUCAUCGCUUCUUUCCUGAGGCUCCCAAUCUCGGGAACCCACUGCAUCGUGGGCUCCACCAUAGGGUUCUCCCUCGUGGCAAUUGGCACAAAAGGUGUGCAGUGGAUGGAGCUUGUCAAGAUUGUUGCUUCUUGGUUUAUAUCUCCACUGUUGUCUGGUUUCAUGUCUGGCGUGCUGUUUGUACUGAUCAGAAUGUUCAUCUUAAAAAAGGAGGACCCCGUUCCCAACGGCCUCCGGGCACUUCCCGUGUUCUAUGCUGCUACAAUCGCCAUCAACGUGUUUUCCAUCAUGUACACGGGGGCGCCAGUGCUGGGCCUGGUCCUGCCCAUGUGGGCCAUAGCCCUCAUCUCCUUCGGGGUCGCGCUGCUGUUUGCCCUCUUCGUGUGGCUCUUUGUGUGUCCGUGGAUGCGGAGGAAGAUAGCAGGUAAAUUACAGAAAGAAGGUGCUUUGUCCCGAGUCUCUGAUGAGAGCCUCCACAAAAUUCAGGAGGUGGAGUCUCCCGUAUUUAAAGAGCUGCCUGGUGCCAAGGCCAAUGAUGACAGCACUGUCCCCCUCACGGGGUCGGCUGUGGAGUCUGGGACCUCAGAAGGCACGUCCACGGGACACCACCCCCGGGCCACGUAUGGCCGCGCGCUCUCCAUGACGCACGGCGCCGCCAAGUCGCCCGUGUCCAACGGGACCUUCGGCUUCGACGGCCCGGCGCGCGGCGACGGCCACGUGUACCACACGGUGCACAAGGACUCGGGGCUCUACAAGGACCUGCUGCACCGCAUCCACGACGAGCGGCCGGGCCAGGACGGCGGCCCGCGGCUGCUGCGGCGCAACAACAGCUACACGUGCUACACGGCGGCCAUCUGCGGGCUGCCCGGGCUGGCCACGCUCCGCGCCGACGCGCCCGCCGCGCCCGAGGACAGCGAGAAGCUGGUGGCCGACGCCGUGGCCUACUCCAAGAAGCGGCUGCGCUACGACAGCUACUCCAGCUACUGCAACGCCGUGGCCGAGGCCGAGAUCGAGGCCGAGGAGGGCGGCGUGGAGAUGAAGCUGGCGGCCGAGCUGGCGGACCCCGACGGGCCGCGCGAGGACGCGACCGACGAGGAGAAGGAGGAGAAGGACGAGCCCGAGGUCCACCUCCUGUUCCACUUCCUGCAGGUCCUCACCGCCUGCUUCGGCUCCUUUGCUCACGGCGGCAACGACGUGAGUAAUGCCAUUGGCCCUCUGGUAGCUCUGUGGCUGAUUUAUGAACAAGGCGUGGUCCUGCAGGAAUCGGUUACCCCCGUCUGGCUGCUGUUUUACGGAGGGGUUGGGAUUUGUACAGGCCUCUGGGUCUGGGGGAGAAGAGUGAUCCAGACCAUGGGGAAGGACCUCACCCCGAUCACGCCGUCCAGCGGCUUCACCAUCGAGCUGGCCUCGGCGUUCACAGUGGUGAUCGCCUCCAACAUCGGGCUUCCCGUCAGCACCACGCACUGCAAGGUGGGCUCGGUGGUGGCCGUGGGCUGGAUCCGCUCACGGAAGGCUGUGGACUGGCGCCUGUUCCGCAACAUCUUUGUGGCCUGGUUCGUGACCGUCCCCGUGGCGGGGCUGUUCAGUGCCGCUAUCAUGGCUCUCCUCGUGUACGCGAUCCUUCCAUUCGUGUGACUGGUCUCCUUCCAGCCGGUGCACAAGGGACGGUCUGGGUGAGUGUGUGUGGACGGUGUUGCCCACAUUCACACACGCGCCUGCGGGCGGCCCACAGGCGGGCUGCCUCCCAGCCAGCUCCUCCACGUCCCGUUCAGAUGUUCCAGACCCCACUGUUCACCUAGGUAUAGAGUCAUCCCCCAGAGCUAACUUAACUACUGUACAUAAUAAUGUGCAUUAAACUGGUGUCAUGGUGGUAGGACAUGGUGCGGUUACUUAUAUAUUAAAUAUAUAUUGUAUACAUAGAUUACUAGGUAGUGUAUUUCAAACAUAUUCACGAUGGGAGUGGAGAGAUUUGCCUAGAAUGCAAUAUUCAACAAAUUUUUGUACAUAUUGAUUUCAGUGGCAGAUUUUAAGACCCUUUGCAAAGGAAAAGAGAGAUUGGAAAAUGGUAUUUUUCCCCUUUCACAUAUGUAACGUAAGUGAGCUGCAGGACGGAUGAUGCAAGUGUGGGCAGGUGUACGUGUGUCAGCGUGCUGUUGAACAAUACUGGAACAGGAGUUCACAAGUGCUUUCACUGAGGAAUUGUUCAUACACUGUGUAUUGAUUAUGUAAAAUACCAUAAUUGCUUCUGUAAAUACUUAAAACUGUAAUUUUUUUUAAUGGUGUGCUUCCCUUAUACUUUUUUGAUCAGAGAAUUUUGGAAAGUACCAAAGAGGCAGGGGAAUAGUUUGCCAGUAUUAUAUUUUCAUAUUGUCUCCCUUCCUCACUGAUCCUACCGUUAACGGGGAUGUAGCAAGACCGCCACGCUCUGCCCUGCCCUGGAGCGGUGUGGAUGGUGACGCACCAGCGCCCCCAUGUCCACGUCCCCCUCCCGGUCCCCCACCCCCACUGCUUCCACCCGCCAGCUCUCGGCCCUUCGUUGUCGUCGGUGCAGAGCGCGUAGACGGGAGGACGCAUGGUCAAGCACUACAUGUCAAGUCCAGUUUCCAUUUCUGCUCCCCUUCUCCCCUGCAGCCUGAAGAACGGAAUUCUAACCUCAGACACUGAGGCGAAUGCUCUGACAUUCUAGCAGCUCAGGGGUGGGGAGAGUCGGACUAUUAUUAGACAAUACACUGGAUUUGAGGAUUUCCUUGAGGCCUUGACUAAGCUGAACAUCUUGACGCUCUACAGUGGUCCCACUGGAGGCUUCUUUUUUGAUAGCGGGAGGACGUACGACUAAUGUUAGAGCCUGAAACUACGGAAAUGCUGCUAAAAUUUUUAUAUUGACAAACAUUUUCUCGGUACUUCAUUGUGAUUUUUUCAUUAAUCAACCAUAUUAAAUUUAUAAUAAAAAAUGCCCCUCAAAA